AUGAAGUUCUUAACCAAGGAAAGUGAAAUAGACGCUGCAGAACUCAGUGAAGCUCUGAUGCUCGUAAAGGAAGUGAAGGAGGAUUUGUAACAUUCUCUGAGAGAACGGCAGGCCACACAUGCCAAGACCAUAUAAGAGUUGAAGACUAGAAACAUUCACAUCAUCCAAUACAAGAUCAAUAAAGACUAUCAGGCUGAGAUUGAAGUGGCCACUCGUAAGUUGGAUGAACAAGAAUUAAAAUCGGAUAAACAUGCUCAACUUCUGGACAUGUCAAGAGCUGUCAAGAUAAAGAAACUAGAAGGUUUUCUUAAAGACAUUGCCUACGACCACAUUUUUUGUGCUGAUUAUGAUGUUUCAGAUGAGAUUGAAACACUUCACCUGGCUUGAGGAGAGAACCUUCUGGAAAUUCACUUGGGAAGAGCUCAGUUCUCUCUGUAGAGAGCUGUAGAGAGUCUAAAGGACAUAGAUCCCUCCACCUUUUGAACAUAUUCCUUUUAUGACUUUGAGCUGCAGUACACAGCUGUGGUUCAUGGUGCUUUUCCAGCAUGCAGCUUCAUGUGUCAGUAUCUCGUUAGGGUUGACAAGCUCUUAUUAAACUAUCUCCAUGCCAGCUGA